UCAAAGGUGUAGAUGGCGUCGUUUUGUCCGCUACUGUGAAAUCGGUACCCAGCACCUGAGCCCUCCGCAAAACGAAGAUUCCGAGUAAAGUGAGCGCAGGCACACAAAAAUCCUAGGUGGGAGAGAGAGACAGAGCAGUCGGGAGCUUCAAAACGAUGGUGAUUUCUGGGGAUUUGAGUGUCUCCGCAACACUGGGCUCCUACCCUAUGCACCCUCUUCGAACCUCAUUACGUCCUUCGAAGGUAGAGUUCUCUGGUUUCCUAAAUAGAGGAUCAAGCAUCUGUGAAGUUGUACCCAAAUGGCCCAGCAUGGUACUUGAUAACCGCAACAUGCGUGGUCAUCCCAAGGAAAUUUCUGGUGUCACUGGAGAUUAUAAGCUUUCGCCGAAGUCCAUCAGUCAAGAAUCUGAGAGCUUCCUCCUUGAUGCCAUUAACAUGAGCUUCUUGGAACGUUUAAACUUGGCUUGGAAGAUAAUGUUCCCAUCACCAGCAUCUAGAAAGAGCUCUAAUGCCAGGAUUGCCAAGCAGCGCUUGAAGAUGAUUCUCUUCUCUGAUCGAUGUGCAGUGAGUGAUGAGGCAAAAAGGAAGAUUGUCAGCAACAUUGUGCGGACUUUAUCAGAUUUUGUGGAGAUAGAAUCACAGGACAAAGUUCACCUCAGUGUUUCUACCGAUUCAGACCUUGGAACCAUAUAUUCUGUCACUGUGCCUGUACGACGGGUGAAACCUGAGUAUCAAGAUUUGGACGAGGUUGGAGCAAUAACAAAUAUAGAGUACAAAGAUACUGGAGAGAGUUCAGGUUCUGUUGAUGUUAGGUUUGAUUUCUUCAUUCCAGAUUAAAGGUCAUAAUGACUUCAGAGGCCCAAAAAAAGUCAAAUAAUAAUCACCGGUAUCAAAGGUGGUUCCUCGUUGAAUCCACAGCCGGUGAGCCAACUUUGACAUUUGUAAAUAUAUGUGACUUCCUUAAACAAGAUCGAAAGUUUUGCUGCUUUCCAGUUUGUGAUUAGUUUGAUGUUUGGCAUAAUGAUUCUAUUGCAUGCUAAUCUGGUUAUCGGAUGUUCA